AAGGACGGUUUGUAAAUGUCACAAACUUGGCAGGUUGCCGUUGGAACAAAGACGCAGAUCCAGUCUGGAAGAGAGUGGAAGAGAGACCUGCAGGGUUUUUUUAUACUGAAGAGGACGAUGGGGAACAGCAGAACUUUGAGGGGGUUGUUUUUGAUUUGCCAAGUCCAGUUUUUAGCCUUUCUGGCUGCAGCAGAACUUCAACCGUGCUGCUCAAACAACAGAAGCAACUGCUCAGAUGGUGAAACCCCCAGAAGCAAAAAUCUAGAGAACAACUCGGCCCUCCAGCAGCUCCCUGCCAUUGAGUUCCCUCACGUGUCUGGCGGUUUGAAACGGAUGAAGCGGGAGUGGGUUAUUCCAGCCAUUGACUUUCCAGAGAAUGACAGGGGUCCAUAUCCCAAAUACAUGGUGAAGAUCAAGUCAAGCUAUGAGGAUACGGUGGCGAUAACCUACAAGGUCACUGGACCCGGAGCUGAUGAGCCCCCUGAAGGUCUUUUCACUGUCGACCGGCGGUCUGGAGUGCUGUACGUGACCCAGCCACUUGACAGGGAGAGGACAGCUAAAUACAGACUGUGGACUCAUGCACUGAAUGGGGGCAUCAAGGCCGAGGAGCCCAUGGAGCUCAUUAUCAACAUCAUCGACCAGAAUGACAACGCUCCAGCAUUCACUCAGAACCCUUUCUAUGGCGGAGUGAGCGAAAGCGCUGACAUCGGUGACUCCAUCAUGAAGGUAACAGCAGUGGAUAAAGACGACCCGCAGACAUACAACGCUAUGAUAAGGUUUAAGAUACUGACUCAGAUCCCUCAAACACCCAAGAAGAACAUGUUUGCCAUAAACCCAGUGAGUGGAGCGAUUAGCGUGACAGCAGAUGGACUGGACAGAGAGACCCAGCCAGAGUACAAGCUGAUCGUCGAAGCCGCUGAUAUGGAGGGGGCGGGGCUGACGGCCACCUGCACCGUCGCCAUUAGUGUUACUGACAGCAACGACAAUGCUCCACUAUUCACCAACACAUUUAUAUCCACAUUGGUCCCUGAGAAUGAGAUUGGAGUUGAGGUUACAACGCUAAAGGUCACUGACAAGGAUGAGUUAGGAUCUCCGAAUGCCAACACCAGAUACUCAAUAGUCAAAGGCAACGAGAGGGGAGACUUCAGUAUCACCACGGGCCUCGAUAAAAUGAAGGGAAUCCUCACGACAGCCACAGAGCUGGAUUUUGAGAGCGUUCCUGUCUUCACCCUGCUGGUGGUGGUGACGAAUGAGGCGCCUUUCUCCGGACCGGUGUCGACCUCGACGGCCACGGUCGCUGUAUCGGUCGUGGACAAGAACGAGCCUCCUGCUUUCAGUCCGUCAGAGAUUCGUGUCAGCAUCUCAGAGGACGCCAACACAGGGAGUUCUGUGGCCGACCUCAGGGCGAAGGACCCAGACACGGACAGGAAACAGAGCGUUAGAUAUGGUCUACACAGCGACACAGUCAGGUGGCUGAGUAUCGAUAAAGACACAGGAUACAUCACAGUGAAUAGCAGCAUGGACAGAGAAUCACAGUAUGUCAAAGACGGCAGAUACACAGUCCUAGUUUUGGCACACGACAACGAUACCGUCCCGGCUACAGGGACGGGUACUCUGAUCGUGAGUUUGUUGGAUGUGAACGACCAUCUUCCUGUGAUCGAGCAGAGGAGAGUCAGCCUGUGCAACAGAGAUCCGUUUCCCGCCCAGCUUGACAUAGUGGACCUUGACGGACCGGGUCAUGCAGGACCGUUUAUGGUGCAGCUUCAAGGAGAGCACAAGAUCAACUGGACCGUGAGCACCAAUUCUACAAACAACUUGGCAUCCCUGGCUCCCAAACAUGAGUUGCCACCAGGAGACUAUCGCAUUCUACUGCGUAUCUACGAUGCUGGCAUGCUCUACCAAGACAGCUCACUGGACGUAGAGGUGUGCCCGUGUCAAGGAGCUGUUUCUACCUGCUUCGUCCCACACAGCUCCCCCCGCAUGCUCAACUCUUCUCUUGCAACCUCGGCCCUGGGAGCAAUUUUUGGUCUUUUGUUGUUGCUCUUGCUGCUGCUGCUGUUGCUGAGAAGGAGGAGGAGGAGGAGGUCGGAGAAGGAGGUCGCUCUUCUUGAAGACGUGCCCAGGGAAAACAUCUUCUUCUACAAUGAGGAGGGAGGAGGAGAAGACGACCAGGAGUACAACCUGAGCCAGCUUCACAGAGGGCUUGAUAACCGUCCUGAUGUCGUCUGCACCGAAGUGCUUCCUACUGCUACGAGCCGCCCAUCCUACCGCCUACAACUCCACGCCGAUGAAGAGGUCGGCAAAUUUAUUGAGGAUAACCUGCACGCUGCAGACAGCGACCCCACAGCCCCUCCCUACGACUGUCUCCUGGUGUUCGACUACGAGGGCGGCGGCGGCUCAGAGGCAGAGUCUCUCAGUUCCAUCGAGUCCUCGGACUCUGACGAGGAGCAGGACUUUAAAAAACUGGAUCACUGGGGACCACGUUUCAGCAGGCUGGCUGACCUGUACGCAGGUGGCACAGAGGAGGAUGAUGACACAGAAACUCUGCCAGGAAAAACAGAAUGGGUCUGACAUGUCCCUGUAUUUAUAGAUUGUCCACAUUCACGUCCAUCUGCCCGAGGUCUUCGGAGUGCUGUGUGACCUCUUUCUGCUGCCUUCUGUGGCUCUUUCAGACUCUGUUGACUUAGAUUAGAGAUGCUCUGUUCACAUGCAUUUUCAGCUUCCCCUUCUCGUUCAUUGCGUUAGCUUGUUACUGGAAUCUGCUGGUAAACAAUGACAUUAAUAAGCUAAGUUAUAUUAAAUAGUGGGCACGUGAUUGUCUGCAUGAUGUCAUUUUGUUGUUACCCAUCUUUUAUGCCAAAAAUUAGAUUGCUCAAGUAAAAGUGACUGUUGUUCACUCUGAUGAUAAUGAGAAACAGCUUCACUCACUCAUGUCAGUGGCAUUCGAAGUUAUGUCCUGUCCAAAGCUGUUUUCCAUAAAUGUAAAUGUGGAGGAUAUUUAGAGUACUGUGUUUAUAUUUAGCAUACUGCAGCCUGUGGUGGAGCUAACAGGGCACUAACACGAGACUCCACCCCAACAUUUAUGAAGGAAUCCUCCUUUUACCAAGAAUUUCAAGUGUUUCACAGUGGUGCAGUGAUGCCAUUAAAAAUAAGUCAGUAACCACUGCUGAGACAGCCGCUCUCUUAUCAGCAUAUUAACCGUGGAGUUCCUCACGGCUCCAUCAUAGGCCCACCUCUAUUUACAAUUUUUAUGCCCCCAUUUGUUCUAAUGAUCUGUGAAUCCAAUAACUUUUUCAACUGCUAAAUGAUCUGAUCAUGUAUACUGUACAUUUAAAGGGUAACUCUACUGAUUUUUCACAUUGAAGUGUGUUUACAGGUCUUGUGGAGUUACUACUGCAUAUGUGAUACAACUCUUGUAAAGCUGCAUGUAAUCUGAUAAAUUACAUCUUUCUUCCUUUAAAAAGGAAGAAGAAUGCUUGGGAUCAAAAAAGGUGAUAUAUCUGGUUCUGCUGUGACAAUUUCGGUUUUGGUUUAAAGUUGAUUGACUUUUUGCGUCAUCCUUUUAAUGUUAAUCUUUUUCCACAUGCUUUUAUAUGACGUCUUGAGAUGACCCAUCUCAUAAGAGCUCAAUGUGUAUUUUUUAACAUAUUUUGUGGGCCCUUGUUUGUAUAUUUCCCUUGUUUCAUUUUUUUUCUGAUUGCCAAAAAGUUUGUUUGAAUGUGUCUUUUGUGCAAUUUUG